AAAGGAAAGUAAAUCCAAAUAAAAAAUAAAAGACGGUGACCCGGGAGGAAGGGGUGGGCUUGUAGAUGUUAACUUAACAUUGGAAGCUAGUUUGUUCUCGGUCAGAAAUGAAAGCAGCAUCGCAGCACCUUCAGCGACUCGUUUGGACAUCGAAGCCCUGAAAGAGAAGCCAGCCCGCUCCUGAGCACAGAAAACCCCCACCUGGCAGCAGACAUGACGUGGCCCCGAGGGAUCUUCCUUCUCUGCUGUUUUUGGCCUUCAGACCUGGCCCAACAGCCACCAGCCCGACAGACAGUCAUGAUGAGCAUGAUGCCUGAUGCUUUUGAUGACCAGUACAUUGGGUGUGCCAAAGAAAUGGAAACAGAAGCACCAGCCCUGAUGAAGAACGAGUUGGAAAAGUCCACGCUAUUGAAACGUGCGUGGAAAAAUUCAUCAAUACAUUGGGAAGAAGUGAGGGAAUACCUUUACACAGAUCUUCCCAAAGGCUUUAAGGAAGAGCAUGGAAGAGCAAUUAUAGCCUACACUGACAAUUUUCUACGCAGGCAGUUGAAUAAGGCAGUGCAGGAGUCUGGUGCCUCUUCAGAUGCCUACCACACCCAUUUCCACUUCAAAGCCUUUCAUUACUACCUGACAAGAGCUUUACAGCUCCUAAGAAUGGACUGCAACCUGAUGUAUGAAAUACCAGUGUACAGGGGAGUUCACCACAUUAGAUACCAGCACAAUGGCUGUGCUCCCAUCAGGUUUGGAUACUUUGCCUCUUCGUCUUUUGAAAUCAAAAAGGCUGAAGAAUUUGGCAAGGACACGUUCUUCACCAUCCACACCUGCUUCGGGGUGCCAAUCCUGUACUUUUCCUACAUUUUGAACGAAAACGAAGCACUAAUCCCUGUUAAUGAGAUAUUCAGUGUGUUCCCAGGAGACAGUGGGGACAACAGCUUUGUUCUCCGGAGCACCAACCGGACCUGCAGCUAUUUCAACUGUGCCUUCUUGGGUUAUGAGAAGAGAAAGAGCUGUGAAUACAACGCUGCUGAGAGACAAGGAAUUGCCUUCCAGCUCCAGAUGAGCCCCGCGCUGUUUGGAGGAUCCAUUGUCCUGGUCAAUGCUGCUGCUCUCCAGCUGUUUGCUGCUUUCUAAGUGUUCAGACCCUUCCUUUUUCCUCCUUGAAACAAGUCUUUCUGAGAGAGCCAGGAGGCACGUGCCUCCUCUGCUUCCAUCUCAGGGCUUCAAGGGGAUGUCGGGGGAGAAUGACGGAUACCUGCUCACACCAGCUUUGAUUAUAUUCUGCUCUUAAUGACACCGUAUUGAGAAGCGUGCUUGCUUAGGUGGGACCUGCCCACAGGGCAAAGGCAAGGCCAUAUGGAAGCUAAACAAAUCACUUCUUGUAAUCCCAUAUGCAGUUUGAUGACCGCAUUAAAAGACUGUGAAACAGUGAAA